AUUUUCUCUCAUUCUUAAAAAGUAUUUUUCCGUAGUAGGUGAAUUAUUUGUGCUCAAGAUAAGAAAUUAAAAAAAACUAUUAAAAUUAAAUUAUUACAUUUAUUAUAAUUCACAAAAAUACAAUAAAAAUGUUUGAAAAUAAUCAAUCCAAUAUGCAAAUGAGCCGUCAUGCUGGUGGACCACCUGGAGGUGGUUUCCGCGAUCAGCAGCAACAUCGUGGCGGACCUAUGCGUCAUGGCCCUGGUGGUGGUGGUGGUGGUAUGCAACAUAAACGGCCAACACCAUACGGUCGUCCACAAAAUCCUCAACAACGUAAUAACGGCCCCAAAGAUAUGCGUCCAUUCGAAGGUGGCAACUCAAAUUCAAACAAUACAUUCGCAGCAGGUGAUCGUUUGCCAAACAUCAUCUGGUCGGAGAUAACUCUCACUCCGUUCAAGAAGAACUUCUAUAAGCCGUGCGACUCGGUGGUGGCGCGCACCCAGACAGAAGUUGAUGGUUUCUUGUCGACAAAUGAAAUCACUUUGAAGGGUGUAAGCAUUCCAACGCCAAGUAUUGAUUUCGAUGAAGGUGGUUUUCCCGAAUACGUUAUGAGUGGCAUAAAGAAAAUGGGUUUUGCUAAACCAACAGCCAUUCAAGCCCAGGGUUGGCCAAUCGCACUUAGUGGGAGAGACAUGGUGGGUGUGGCUCAAACCGGUUCGGGUAAGACGUUAGCAUAUGUAUUGCCAGCCGUGGUUCAUAUUAACAAUCAACCACGUUUGGAGCAUGGCGACGGCCCAAUUGCUUUGAUUCUGGCACCCACUCGUGAACUAGCUCAGCAAAUCCAGCAAGUGGCAAACGAAUUCGGCUCCCAGACGCAUGUACGCAAUACGUGUAUAUUUGGCGGCGCUCCAAAACACUAUCAAUCUCGAGAUUUGGAGCGGGGAGUCGAAAUCGUUAUUGCGACUCCUGGUAGAUUGAUUGAUUUUCUUGAACGUGGUGUUACCAAUCUGAAACGUUGCACCUACUUGGUGUUGGACGAGGCCGAUCGAAUGUUGGACAUGGGCUUCGAACCCCAGAUCCGUAAAAUCAUUAAGCAAAUUCGCCCCGACCGUCAAGUAUUGAUGUGGUCCGCCACCUGGCCUAAAGAAGUGCGCAACUUGGCCGAAGAGUUCUUAGACAACUACAUCCAAAUCAAUAUUGGCUCGUUGACCUUGUCGGCCAAUCACAAUAUUUUACAAAUUGUCGAUGUGUGCGAUGAAAAUGAAAAAGAUUUCAAAUUGAUUAAACUCUUGGGGGAGAUUUCCUCCGAGAAGGACACCAAAACCAUCAUAUUCGUAGAGACGAAAAAGAGAGUCGAUGAAAUAACUCGCACAAUUUCGCGUCAAGGCUGGCGAGCAUGUGCCAUUCAUGGUGACAAGUCACAACAGGAACGUGACUAUGUUUUGGCUUCAUUCCGCAAUGGACGCAAUGCCAUUCUAGUGGCUACUGAUGUAGCUGCUCGUGGCUUAGAUGUCGAUGAUGUUAAAUUUGUCAUCAAUUAUGAUUACCCAUCAAAUUCGGAGGAUUAUGUACAUCGCAUUGGACGCACUGGACGUUCGAAUAAUACGGGAACGGCAUACACUCUCUUUACAAAUUCAAAUGCUAACAAGGCCAAUGAUUUGAUACAGGUCUUGAAGGAAGCAAAUCAGGUCAUAAACCCCCGUCUAGCGGAUAUGGCAUCGUCACAGUCCAGACGAGGUGGUCGCAAUAACUCGCAAGGCUAUAAGAAAAUGUCAGGUCAACAAUCGUAUGGUGGCAAUAACAACUAUCAGCAGCGUUUCAAUAAUCGACCCAACAACAACUACGGUCGUCCCGAUCAACAACAACAACAUCAGGCACCUCAACACCAAAGACCGGCAUAUCCACAAUAUCCUCCCCAUCACCAGCAACCACAAGGCAGUGGUGGCUAUCCCCCAAGAUCUCAAAAUCCCAACAAUACACAAAUGACACGCUCAAAUGGUCAUCAGUCGCGAUUCUCAUCCGCUCCCCAGUACGAUAAUGGUGAAGAGAAAAAGUCACGUUUUGGCCAAGCACCUCCUUCAGGCGCUCACCAUCAUCAGGGUGGCGGCUAUGAAAAUUAUUUACCUAAAAAUUUGGCUGCUGGCGGCUAUGUACAACAACCUCCUCUACCAACAGCUGCGUAUGCCGUUCCCACAUCCUCGGAUAUGUAUGCAUAUCCUCCACCCCCCUUACCGGUUCCAAACUAAAUAGGAAACCGUCUGUUGCAAGAGGCUAUAAAGAAAACUACACAUAUAAACUAAACACAUAUUCAUUAUGUUUUUUAUACAUAUAUAAAUUAAUUAAUUAAUUAAUUAUAACUUUAGACUAUUAUUAAUAGUAGUAUUAUUCUAACACUUGUAUGGAUUUCUUAAUAUUUUAUUUCUUUCAUUUUUAUCUCGUUUCCUUUUUCCUUUAAAUGUGUUUAUUUUUCUUUACAACCUUCUCUAUAUCUACAUAUAUAUUUUUGCCUUUAUAUACCAUUUAAGAUUUUACUAAAUAUAAUAUAAUACAAUAUGUAUGUAUGUAUUUUUAACGUUUGGAUUAAAUAAAACGUUUUAAUAAUUUAUCUCUGCAGUGACUCGUAACCACUUGAUGUUGCAAAACAAACUGAAGCAUCAAAAUAAAAUACCAACUAGAAUAAAAAAAGAAAUAAAAAAUAUAAAAAAAAACUAAAUAUUUUAACAGCUUUUGGUGAAAUAAAUAUUUAACAUAUUCCAUUGAAUCCCAACAA